UGAUGCCCUCCCACAGUCCCAUCUUCCUCUGCAUGCCGCCCGGCUGCUUGCUGCUGUCCCUGCAGCUGGGCGCAACUCAGGGACAGUCAGCCCUCGGGAGAGCCUUCACCUUCUCCUCCCUUUCCCCAGGGGACGCUGUGCUGGUGCUGUGGAGAGCAGCACAGCCUCACCUGCCUACAGCCAUCAACCUGGCGCUGCAGUGCUCCAGUGAAAUCCAGAAGAAGUACGGCACUCAUGACACACACAUGGGUCUCAUGCUCCACCUGAAGAUAGGGAUCUCCGCCGGGAUUUUCUCCUUCAUAUCUGUCAGAGGCGGGGAUCGUCAGUACUUCUUCAUCUGCAGCCAGGCCCUGGAUGAAGUUAUCGAGGCCCAAAACCUUUCGGCUGCCUAUGAAAUCGUGCUGUCACAGACCUGCUGGGAGCUGUGUGAGCAGCAACGAAUCAGGGCCAAGUAUAUUGCUGGCAGAAGGGCCGUGAAGGUUAUGGGAAUGAGGCACUUAACUCGCCAGGAAUACCGAGAUGCUGUAGGCCAGCUGAACAUGUUCAGAGGGGAUUGGCAUGGGGAAGAGAUGGCCCUCCGAAGGCCGGUUCUUAGGAGCUCUGCUGGUCCUGAAGUGGGAGCGAGGCUGGAGAAGCACAUAUCGACAGCUGUUCUCCAGAAGCUUUAUCAGAACGUGCCACUGGAGCUGUGCUCGGAGCUACGGCCGGUCACCAGCCUCUUUGUCCAGCUGCAGUUUGCUGACAAGAUCAGCAUAGUGGAGCUCAGCAGCAGCCUCAGCGAUAGCAGCAGUAUGAUUUCAGAAAUCAUCAGCCCUCACAAGGGUGAAAUCAACAAAACACUUCUGUUUGACAAAGUGAGUGCGUGACAGCCAUCCCACCCCCGGAUGCCUCUGUCUGUUUGGCAGCAAGGCAAUGGGAAGCAGCUCUGCCUGCUGCUGGGAUCUGUGGCUGUGUGUUGACCUGAAGCUCCGCUGGUCUCCCCGGUGCCUAUGGCAGAAUGCAUCAGCUGCUGGCCAUCAGUAUUGUAAAACAAGGCGUACUGCACCUCUUCCUCUGCGUGUUUGGAUUUCCGGGAGAAAAGUUGGCCUGUGAGAGCACCCACGCCUUGGAAUGUGCUAUGCAGAUCCUCCGCAUGGCCUCCACGGAGCUGGGAAAACUCCAGUGAGUGCAUGUUAUGGGGUGUGUGUGCUGCCUGGGAUGGCACGAGAGGACUGAUGAGCAAGAGACGUGCCCCCUGGC